AUGAGUCGCGAGCACAUCGAGUGCGACGCAUGCGACAAGCCGAACGCGACGAAGCGCUGCUCGAACUGCAAGCUUGUGUUCUACUGCAGCGCCAAGUGUCAACGAUCACACUGGCCGCAGCACAAGCCGGACUGCCGAAGCUUUCAUCAGUCGCUGGCUGCGGAGCUCGCAUAUCGCACGGCACCGGAGGCACCAGGCGCGCAGGUUCCACCGCAGACAACUGAUACGUGUGGCAUCUGCCUGGAGCGCUUGAACCAGCCAGUCACGCUUGAGGGGUGCGGCCACAUGUUCUGUCACUCGUGCCUGCGCAACUAUCAGAACUUCUCGCCAAACGCCACUUGUCCGUUCUGUCGCGCUCAACUUCCGGACGUGGAUCAACAUUCUCUCGAUCGUGCUUCGAUGCAUACUGCACGCGCACAAAAGAUCAGCGGUGCGGAGAAGCAGGCGCAGUGCGAGUUGGCUCUCGCCGAGGUGCAGAAGAUCCUCGACGUCGAUCCUACGGAUCUGCGCGCCGGCCACAUGCGUGCGGAGAUCUUGCUCAUCGCAGGUGACGCGGAGUCGGCAGUUACGGCCUUCAAGGCGGUGCUCGAGCUGAACUCCAGCAAUCAGAAUGUGCAAGACGAACGGAGGCAGAUUCUCGCCCAGGCGGACGCUGCGUUCGCGGCUGGCGACGAUGACGAGGCUGACCGACUCAUGACGAUGCUAGAGCAGGGAGGUGCAUCGCCCAAAGUGUUUGCAGGCGGAAAACAGGGGCUCCUUGAGACGAAGCUGAAGCUCGCCGCCGCACAGCAGGACAUGGCCGAUUGGGAGGCGGCCAUGGAGCUGUAUAUGUCGAUCGUGCGCGACAUGGGAGACGACCACACUUAUGGUGGGCCCAAACUGCAGCUCAAGCUUUGGAUGGGGAUGACCCGCGUCUUCUUCGAGACGGGCGAAUAUGAGCGCGCGAUAUGUGGCCCCGGUUCAAUGGGCAUCGCGAUGAACCGGCACUACCCGGGGGUGCACAAGUACGUUGCGCUCAGCGAGAAAGCCUCGGGUGACCUGACAGCAGCCAUCAGGACGGCGAGUCGUGCCGUGCUGUAUGAGGCCCCAUGGGAUCCGGACAACAAGGCCGAAAACCAUGCGCUUCUGAACGAUCUGAUUGCCCAACGGGACGAAUCGGGCUCUGUCACAGCAUGA